UCGGUGUAUAACCUGGCCAACGUGGCGUGUAAGUGUCAUGGCGUGUCCGGCUCCUGUAGCCUGAAGACCUGCUGGCUCCAGCUGGCAGACUUCCGUCGCGUCGGAGAGUUCCUGAAGGAGAAGUACGACAGCGCCGCCGCCAUGCGCAUCGGACGCAAAGGGAAACUGGAGCAGGUAGAUAAACGCUUCAACGUCCCGACCCCCGAGGAUCUGGUCUACACCGACCAGAGCCCAGACUACUGUCUGAAGAACGACACCACCGGCUCCAUGGGAACCCUGGGGAGACUCUGUAACAAGACGUCAGAGGGGAUGGAUGGCUGUGAACUCAUGUGUUGUGGGAGAGGAUACGACCAGUUCAAGACCUAUAAGCAUGAGAGAUGUCACUGCAAGUUCCACUGGUGUUGUUAUGUCAAGUGUAAGAGGUGCACUUCACUGGUGGAUCAGUUUGUCUGCAAGUAGCGAAGGAAGAGAGGGAGUCUGGACGAUGGGGAAGGGAGGGAGUCUGGACGAUGGGGAAGGGAGGGAGUCUGGACGAUGGGGAAGGGAGGGGGUCUGGACGA